AUGGCGAAUGCACUAGACCACCUCAACGCUGGCAGGACCAGGAUCGAAUGGCUCAGCCAGCUCAACACCGAGUACCACCCCGCCAAGGAGUACCGCAGAACCUCCAUCAUCGGCACCAUCGGCCCCAAGACAAACUCUGCUGAGAAGAUGAACGCUCUGCGCAGGGUGGGUCUGAACGUCGUUCGCAUGAACUUCUCCCACGGCUCCUACGAGUACCACCAGUCCGUUGUCGACCAUGCGCGCGAGGCUGAGCGGACGCAACCCGGCAGGCCUUUGGCCAUUGCCCUCGAUACCAAGGGACCGGAAAUCCGAACAGGUAACACAGUGGGUGAUGCGGAUAUCCCCAUCAAGGCCGGCACUGUCAUGAACAUCACCACGGAUGAGCAGUAUGCUACUGCGAGCGACGACAAGAACAUGUACGUCGACUACAAGAACAUCACCAAGGUGAUCGAGGCUGGCCGCACAAUCUACGUCGAUGACGGUGUCCUAUCAUUCGAGGUCCUCGAGAUCGUCGACGAGAAGACGCUCAAGUGCAAGUGCGUCAACAACGGCAAGAUCUCUUCCAAGAAGGGCGUCAACCUCCCCAAGACGGAUAUUGAUCUCCCCCCGCUAUCCGAGAAGGACAAGGCUGAUCUGAGGUUCGGCGUCAAGAACAAGGUCGACAUGGUCUUUGCUUCAUUCAUCCGCCGUGGUAGCGACAUCACUGCAAUCCGCGAGGUCCUCGGCGAAGAGGGCAAGGAUAUCCAGAUCAUUGCCAAGGUCGAGAACCAGCAAGGUGUGAACAACUUUGACGAGAUCCUGAGGGAGACAGAUGGUGUCAUGGUCGCUCGUGGUGACCUUGGUAUCGAGAUCCCGCCUAGCCAGGUCUUCAUCGCACAGAAGAUGAUGAUCACCAAGUGCAACAUUGCCGGCAAGCCCGUCAUUUGCGCAACCCAGAUGCUCGAGUCCAUGACCUACAACCCGCGCCCAACCCGUGCCGAAGUCAGCGACGUCGGUAAUGCCGUUCUCGAUGGCGCCGACUGCGUCAUGUUGUCUGGCGAGACCGCCAAGGGUGACUAUCCCGUUGAGGCUGUCACCAUGAUGCACGAGACGUGCUUGCUCGCCGAGGUUGCUAUUCCGUAUGUCAACGCCUUUGACGAGCUGAGGAAGCUGGCACCCGUGCCUUGCCCUACCACCGAGACUUGCGCCAUGGCAGCCGUCAGCGCCAGUCUGGAGCAGAACGCUGGUGCCAUUUUGGUUCUGACUACCAGUGGUACUACCGCCCGUCUAGUCUCCAAGUAUCGCCCCGUAUGCCCAAUCAUCAUGGUCACCCGUAACGAAAUGGCCGCUCGCUCGCAGUACUCUCACUUGUACCGCGGCGUAUACCCAUUCUACUUCCCCGAAGAGAAGCCAGACUUCAAGACCGAGCCAUGGCAGGAGGAUGUCGAUCGUCGUCUGAAGUGGGGAAUUAUGAACGCAAUUAAGCUCGGCGUUCUCACCAAGGGCGACCCCGUGAUCUGUGUGCAGGGCUGGAGAGGAGGAAUGGGCCAUACCAACACGCUCCGCAUUGUUCCAGCGACGGAUGACCUCGGUCUGGAUCAGGAAGCUUGA